GUAUAAUAAUUUAUCCUUUAUUAAUUUUCUAACUGACCUGAUUAGUGCUUCACACGUUGAGCAGAAGUAUAUUUGUAUGCCAUUUUAAAGGUUUAAAGUAUUAUAGAGACCCUAUUGUUGGAAAUGUGUGUACAUAUCUUUUAUUAUAAUUGUUUUGUUUUGUAUUUAUUGUUUGUUUCUCUCAGAGGUUCAAGGAUUUAGUGGUUACUAUCUUCCUCAGUCAUAUGUAUCUUCAUAGACCUAAAGAUGGUUGGUUAUGAAAGGGCCUUGCAUCCUUCGCAUUUUCCAUUUAUACUCUCUGAUUAUGUUUUUAAGGAAUACUAACUGAAAUGAUGAUGUGCCCACAGGAUCCCAGUCUUUCAAGACUUUUCUAGAGGAAAGGUACAUGGCUGUGAGCCAGUAUUGGCAGUCGGCCCAGAGACACAUUUGAGGUGGUUCAGAGAUGGCGGAAACCCCAGCCAAUGAGAAGUCUUGUCAGACGGAUGAGAUCACAGGUGAGGCCGCUGUGCCCGGGCCUGACCAUGCGAGCAAGACGCUAGUCUAUUCCACAGAACCUGGAGAUCCUCCUCUGCUACAAACACCGCUGCUAACCUCCAAAUCUGGCAUCCAGCAGAUCAUUGAAUGUUUCCGCACAGGAACUGCACAGCUGAAACACAUUCUCCUCAAAGAGGUGGACACAAUCUUUGAAUGUAAACUCUGCCGCAGUCUCUUCCGAGGCCUUCCCAAUUUGAUCAAACACAAGGAAAUUUAUUGUUUCACUCGAAUGCCUGAACCUGAUGGUUAG